GAGAGACCGAUUGUUUUUGACGAUCCUGCUUUUGUGACGAAAUCAGGAUUACAAAACAGGAUCCAUUAUGUGGUGUUUGUUGUUGAUGCAUCAAAGCUACAAAAGUUUGACCCUAAAGUCAUGGACAAAAUCAAAAUAAUUCGGACUUCAGCCACGAAGAUUGAAAUACCACAGGCACUCCUCCUGACAAAAAUCGACAUCGAAGACAAAGAAGUAGCUAACAGAUUAGAGACGGUAUUCUCGAGCUCUGCUAUUGAGACCAAAGUACAGCAAGCCUCUGAUAUGUUCGGAUUUCCAAAGAACCACGUUUUCCCGGUGAAGAAUUACGAAAAUGAGAUUAUGCUUGAGGACGGGGUGAAUAUUUUGGCUUUAUUGGCUUUGAGACAGAUCCUGCUCUUUGCUGAAGACUACAUGGACAAUAAAAUAACUGAGGGAGUUGGAUGUCCUGAUAAAGUCCAAGAACAUGAUUUAGAGACUGCAUCAGAGUCUAUUUAAUUGCUUGACGGGAAAUACGACUACUGUCAUAAUGAGCAUUAGUGUGCAUUCUACAGGAUAUCUGACCACAUUUCAAUAAUCAAUUUCUAGUGAUAAUAGUGUUUACCAUGUACUCUAUUCGUUUUAUGCAUGUAAAUAUUCUGAUAUUUACUACCAUUUACAAUGACACAAUCUUUUGAUUAAUUAUACGUUGUUUGACUUUGGUGUUAUCACCGUAUACAUUAAAUAACUUCAUGUAUGAUAA